AUGUACCAGCGAGUACUAGAAGGUAGAGAGAAAGUGUUUGGACCAGAGCAUCCUAAUACUCUCAAUGCAGUUACAGAUCUUGGUGUACUGCUUCAACGAAAGGGCAAGUACGAAGAAGCCGAACCUAUGCACCGGCGAGAUCUAGAAGGUAGCGAGAAAGCUCUAGGGCUAGAGCAUCCUGAUACCUUCAUUAGUGUUGACAAUCUUGGUAUGUUGCUUCAGCGAAUGGGCAAUUACGAAGAAGCCGAACCUUUGCACCGGCGAGCACUAGAAGGUAGAGAGAAAGCUCUAGGGUUCGAGCAUCCGGAUACCCUUUCUAGUGUUAACAAUCUUGGUGUACUGCUUCAAGACCAAGGCAAGGACGAAGAGGCCGAAGCAAUGUACCGGCGAGCACUGGAAGCCUACCAGAAAACUCUAGGGCCAGAGCAUCCUGAUACUCUCGCUUGUAGAAAAAAUAUUGCUCGCUCACGGAAAUUGCUUAGGUGGGCUCAACAUGUGUUGACUACACAAUCCGUUGAAGAUCCAUCUGAUGAACAUCCAUCCGUUGAAGAAACCUCAACCCUGGCCCCUAAGCAAAACAAGCCCUCAACUCCCGCACAAAAGUUUCUCGAGAACCAUCCUCUUUUCCGAGGCUCGCGGAGUGCCCAAGCUGUGCCGCGACGUGAUGACCUGGACGAGGUUGAUUGA